UGACGUCACAUUCCUGCGCCCUGUUUCUAAGUGACGCAGCAUCAUGGCGCUGUUUCCAGCGUUUGCAGAAGAGGCAAGCAACAAAGUUAGAGAUUCUUCCACAGAGUUAGAUUGGCUGAAGAAUAAGAGUUUUCAGACCGGCGAUGCGCUCUCUCUUCACGGUCGAUUUCUAGAGAAGACCAGCGAGGAGCAAAACAAGAAGGAACCAAGUGUUAGCAGAGAUGUCAACUCUGAAGAGGACGGCGAGGAUGGUGUGGCACCCAGAAAGAAGAAAAGGAAGAAGAAACAGAAGAAAAAGCACAAAAAAAAGAGCGGGAGGUAUUCGCACAGCAGCGCAUCUGACUCUGAAACCAUUUACCCGAGUGAUCUCAAAAAGGAGCAAGAAGCUGAAAGGCGGGAGGCUCCUCAGUUAGCGAACCGUUUCUCUUGGUUGGAUGACCUCCAGUCGCCCACAGAGCAGCCGUUUUGUGUGGACCGAAAACCAGACCCCGCCAACUGGACUUACAAGUCCCUGUACAGAGGAGACGUAGCCAGGUAUAGAAGGAAAGGCAGCUCGGCUCUGGGUUUGGACUUUCACAGGCAGGGGGUCAGCUGGGAGGACUCAGAGGUGACUAAUAAUAAGAAGAAGAAAGGCGGCGACAGGAAGAAGGCAGCGGACAGAUACUACUCUACAGUCAGUCGACAGCUGCUGAAGGCAGCGCCUGCUCUUCCUGCAUUACCAGCGAGUUCUGAUGGUAGCGAUGGCACCAGCUCCGCAAUCUUCCUCCCUCUGGGUGAUGAUGAGGCAGACACUAAAGAAGGAGAUAAAGCUCACAGAGGGCAGACGUCAUCGGUGAAUCCCCUCGGUGUGUAUGACUCCUCAACGGCCCUCUGGCUGCAGGGGAAAGGACACCAAGACCAGCAAAAGGAGGACGCUCACACAGAGGAGGGCACUGCACUUUUGGGUGGCAGGACCGAAGAGUUCAACAGGCAGCUGAGAGAGCAGCCAGCAGACACACAGCUGUGGAUAGAGUUCAUACGAUACCAGGAUGAGGCGAGUGCAGCUGUGUUCAAAGGCGAGGAGGAGCAGCAGGGCAGUGAUGCUGCUGAGCGCCGCAAGUCUUCCUACAGGGCAGUGCUGGAGAAAAAGCUAAGCAUCGCAGAGCGCGCCGUGGCCACCAACCCCCUCUGCAUAGCUCUGCAACUCGAGAGACUCCGCAUCUGCCAGGAGCUCUGGGAGCCCUCAGCUCUGGCUAAGGAGUGGAAGAAACUGGUGUUUCUCCACCCAAACAGCACCCCCCUGUGGAGGGAGUAUCUGCUCUUCACCCAGAGCUAUUUCAGCAGCUUCACUGUGUCCAAGGUCAACUCUGCGUACGGCAAGUGUCUGAGCACGCUCAGUGCUGUCCGAGAUGGCAGCAUGGUGUCUCACCCGGCUCUGCCAGGAAUAGAGGAGGAUAUGUUGGAUAUUUUUUGGCAGCAGUGUCACUUCCUGCGUCAGUGCGGUCAUUCGGAGAAGGCAACUGCUCUGUUUCAGGCAAUGAUUGACUUUACUUUCUUCAAGCCUGACAGCGUGCGAGAGCUGUCCACUCCGCAGCAGGUCGAGUUCUUUGAGCCGUUCUGGGACAGCGGGGAGGCCAGGGUCGGGGAGCUGGGCGCCAGAGGCUGGAAAGCUUGGAUGCUCCAACAAGAGCGAGGAGGUUGGCUGCAACCCACUGCAGAGGAGGAGGAGGAGGAAGAGGAAGAGGAUGAAGAGGAGGUGAAGGACAGGACCCAGCCCAGAGGUACCAUCUGGCUGGAUGUGGAGUCAUCUCGUGAAGCCACACACUGGUUGCCCUGGAGACCCGACAAAGCCAAGGGCCAGUCAGAGGAGGACUGUGAGGAUCCUGACAGACAGGUGUUGUUUGAUGACAUCGGGCCGUCACUGAUUUGUUUGUCUUCGCCAGAGCUCCAGCUCCACCUGCUUCUCCGUUUCUUGAGCUUUCUGGGUUUGCCUGUGGACUCAGUGCUCUCGGUUUCCCCAGGUCAGCCUGGCUUGCUGCUGGAGAACCUUUCUCUGCUCACUCAAGGUAAUGCUCCCCAGUGUCCUCUGACCUCCUAUGAUUUACCUGAUGGUGGCAUUAACUCUGUCGGUCACAUGACCACUCUCCAAGGAACAAGAAAGUGGGUGGGGCUUGGGAAACAGGGCGAGAAGUUCCUCACGAACUUGUUCAGUAUGCUUCAGCCUGUGCUUCCGCCCCACCACCGAGCCUUCCUGUCACUCAGCUGGAUCCAGUACGAGAAACUCAAGGUCAUGCGCUGCUUGCACAGCGGAAAUAAAAAGCGCCUUCGUUCUCAGGGGAAGAGCAGCAAGCAGGUUGCCAAGCGGCUGCUCAAAGAACCAGACAAUCGCUCGUCAUUAGUGUUGUGGCGGGAGUACGGCCACCUGGAAUGGCUGCUGGGCAACCUGGAUGAGGCCCGCAAAGUGUUCUCCACUGCGACAGCACUGGGGGGACCCAAAGGGCUGGGCAGUCUCGCUCUGUGUGAUCUCUGCCUGCUGUGGUCCCAGCUGGAGUUGGAGGAUGGAGCGAAAGAGCGAGGGGGUCAACCGGCUGAUGUAACAGCAUCCCCGGCUGUGUCUGUACUGACACGGCUAGCAGAAGGAACCUCUGCAUCGUCCACUUCAUCCUCCCUCUCCACGGUUUCCAUCCUGAAAGCCAGAAAAUCGUAUGAACAGGCUCUGGCUGCCAGUUUAUCAGCACUGGACCAAAACAGGAAAGUUCAAGACGACCUGAUGGGAGAGAAGCUGAGGUUGAGAGGUCUGGUUGGCUGCUACGCUCUUUUCCAGUACCUCACGGUGAGCGUGCAAGCAGCCAACGCUGUCUACACCCAGGUUAGAGAGAAGAUGGAAGAACUACACCGCACGUUAACAGCAGCUGAACAGCAGCUGAACAGCAGCAAGGAGGGUAAGCUCGCGAGAGCUGACGCUGACUCAAACAGGCCCUGUGUCAGUAGGGUAGCUGCUGAGUGUGAGUCGUUGGCUGUGCAGCAGGCGGGACUGCUCAAGUACCACAACAGCGUCGCUGUGUUUCCUCUGGUGACACUGAGACAAACGCUGACGUCGGCCCUCCCAGUCUGGACCACCAGCGUCCCUCUCUGGAGCAUUUAUCUACAGGUGGAGAACCGUUACCAUAGCGCUGGCCGGGCACGCCGUUUUUUUCAUUCUGUAACCAGAAACUGCAGCAGCGUGGUGCCACGUCUCUUUGCCAUUGUUGCUGAACAGCAAAGGAAGCAGCUGGUAGAUGCAGCUCAGAGAUCGUGUUUCCAUGAUGAUCCCUUAUCCAUCCUGCCGGAGAAUGGCCUCAGCAACCGCAUCCGUGGACUGUUUGAAAAUGCCAUAGCAACAGAAACUGGGGCUCAUUGUCCUUUACUCUGGAGAAUGUACAUCCACUUCCUGGUGUCUGAAGGAAAAGUGGAUAAAGCCACAGGAAUCUUCUAUAAGGCCUUACAGAAUAUCCCCUGGUCUAAGGGUUUGUAUAUGGACGCAGUGCAGCUGUUCCCCGAUCACCUGCAGGAGUUUGUAGACCUGUUGACAGAGAAAGAACUGCGAGUGCGACUGCCUUUAGAAGAAUUGGACAUACUGCUAGAAGACUAAGCACACAUCUUAAUUCAAGUGUGUGUUCAAAUUGUCAAAUUUGAUGGGAAGAAAAGGACAAGCACAAAGCCAAACUCGACAGAUAUACAGCUGCAGUAAUAUGAGCAAAGAGCUGGGUUUUGUUUGGGGGUUUUUUGUAUAAAGUGACACAAAAUGCUUUAAUUGCCACAGCAAACCACUAAAACUGUAUUUUCUUAGUUGAUAUUGUCAAUAAAUACAAGAUUGAUCUAUGUGA